CCAUCGAUGGGGUUCGUUGUGCACUCUUCACACCAGUGAGUACCGGCCGGCAUCAUCACUACCCUCUAUCGUCUAGUGGUUCAGCGUUUUGGGUUUUCAAUUUCUCAUCAGAUAGUGUUGGGUGAUCGUCAUGUGGGCACUUCGCAGAUGUGCUUAUCCUCUCAGGAGCCAAGGAUGCCGUUUAGGGGCCUCACAAACUUCUUGUUCUAAAUUUAUUGUACAAAGUGAUUACAUAGAGAUUGCAGUGGGUAUCAGUGAGCCUGCUGAGUUGGUAUCUAGUGGGUACCUUUUUCUGAAGCGGUUUUACCAUUCUCCAUCAAUUCAUUUGCGUCUUUCUCAAGGGAGUUAUAGUCUUUCUUCACAAGCUGGCACGGAGAGUAGUGAAGAUAACGAAGACUUGGAAGAUGGGUUUUCUGAGCUUGAAACCCCAGCAAGCACGGAUUCCAUUGAAGAGAGCAACACAGGGGAUGAAAUUGGUGAGGAGUUAGUUUCUGGGCCAGAACUAUCAGAUGUAGAUUCUGAAGAGAGUUUAGCUGAAGCUUCUCAGAAUGAGUUCAACUCCGAUGCUGAAGCUGGUGUGGCUGAUGAAGACCCAAAGAAGAGGUCUCCUCUGGAUUUGUGGAAGGUAAUUAUGAAUGCUCCGCAUAUAAAACGUGCCCUUGAUAAGUGGGUUGAGGAAGGGAAUCAUUUGGGACGGUCUGAGAUAUCAGUUUCAAUGCUUAAUCUUCGGAAGCGCAGGAUGUAUGGAAAGGCCUUGCAGGUGUCAGAGUGGUUGGAGGAAAACAAGCGGCUCAAGUUUGUGGAACGUGAUUAUGCUUCUCGCAUUGAUUUGAUAGCCAAAGUACGUGGCAUUCAGAAAGCUGAGCAGUACAUUGGGAAGAUCCCAGAAUCUUUCAGGAGUGAAAUAAUAUACAGAACCCUUUUAGCUAACUGUGUUGCGGCUACCAAUGCAAAGAAAUCAGAGGAAGUCUUCAAUAAAAUGAGAGACCUGGACUUUCCAAUUUCAGGAUUUGCUUGCAACCAGUUGAUCCUGCUGUACAAGAGGCUCGACAAGAAGAAGAUAGCAGAUGUCCUGUUGUUGAUGGAGAAAGAAAAUGUCAAGCCAACUCUAUUCACAUACAGGGUCUUAAUAGACACGAAGGGGCAGUCCAAUGAUAUUACAGGUAUGGAGCAGGUACUGGAGACUAUGAAGGCUGAAGGGAUCGAACCUGAUGUCUUUACCCAAUCUGUGCUGGCUAAGCAUUACAUUAAUGGUGGCCUCAAUGAGAAGGCAGAGACAGUCUUGAAGGAGAUGGAGGGGUGCAACCUGAAGGAGAACCGUAGGGCCUGCAAGAGUUUACUCCCGCUCUAUGCAGCCCUUGGCAAGGCUGAUGAUGUAAAGAGAGUCUGGAAGGCAUGUAAGUCGAAACCCCAGCUCGAGGAGUGUGUAGCUGCCAUUGAAGCUUGGGGUAAGCUUGGGAAGAUAGAGGAGGCGGAAGCGGUAUUUGAACUGAUGUUCACGACUUGGAAGCUGUCGUCAAAGUAUUAUGCUGCACUAUUGAGAGUUUAUGCAAACCAUAAACUGUUGUCCAAAGGAAAAGAUCUCGCAAAGAGGAUGGCAGAUAGUGGAUGCCGUAUUGGCCCAUUUACAUGGGAUGGACUCAUAAAGCUCUAUGUAGAGGCUGGGGAGGUGGAGAAGGCAGACUCGAUCCUGCAGAAGGCAGUUCAGCAGAGCUCGAUGAAGCCAUUGUUUAAUUCUUACAUGGUAAUCAUGGAUCAGUAUGCAAAAAGGGGUGAUGUCCAUAAUGCUGAGAAAAUAUUCCACAGGUUGAAACUGGCAGGUUAUGUUGGUCGGCUCCGACAGUUCCAAACUCUUCUUCAGGCUUACGUAAAUGCCAAGACUCCAGCUUACGGGUUCAGGGAUAGGAUGAGGGCAGACAACGUAUUUCCAAAUAAAGCAGUGGCAGCACAAUUGGCGCAAGUAGAUGCAUUUAAAAAGACUGCAAUAUCAGAUCUGCUUGAUUGAGAAUAGGGAGAAUUGAACUGAUCAUAUUACCUGACCAGGUUCGGUAUAUUAUGUUUAGUUGGGGCAGUGGGCUUUCCUAAGUCCUUGUGUUAUUCUGAUUUCACAUCAUAUGAAGAAGUU